GGUUUUUUUGGUCACAAAAGGUGGCUGAGGGGUAAAGGAAAGGGUUGGAAAGAGAGAAACACGUGGAUUGGUAAAAGAGGCUACAAGGGAGGGGAAGGCAGGUGCUUGGCGUGAAAGUGAUGGAAACAAAACAAAACACAGGGGUUCAAGUGUUUGUGGGGCUUUGCCUACGGACCGCAUUGGGAGAAGGGUCUUAAUUAAUAUUAAUUAUAGAGAUAGAGGGAGGGUGAGGAAAGAUGGAAAAAUCUUUCUUGCAUAUAUAGAUAAGUGAACAGGAAAGAUGGAAAAAUCUCAUAAGGAAAAGAAAGAUGGUGACAUGAAAGCCACAUGGACUUUGCAAUAAUUUUUACAGAACUUCAUACAAGCCCUAAUGCGGGGGCAAAGGGGUACUGUUGGUUCCUUGCCUGAAACCUUCUUUGACCACGGCUCUACAUCAAAUAAUGCUGCUAUAGACCAGCAGGUUUGCUGGAAUAAUAUUCGAACUCCUAUAGAAAACAGAUUGCCUGAUUGUUUGCUGUCACCUAAUGACAUGAACACUGGUUGUCUGAACUCUAUUGGUCGAGAGGAGCAGGAGCUGGGCAGAUGGAGCUUGGGAGAGCCUAGCUCUAGUGGCACACAGAAUGAGGUCAGCCAUAAUGAGUGGAAAACUGACCAUGAAUGGUCAUCUUCUAUGAGUGCUUCUGCAAAUGCUAGUCCCAGUUUAGAAGAGCGGCAGUAUGAACAGAACUCUCUAUUUGUCGAAAGUUCCAAUUCUGAGACAGUUCCCCAGAAUCUCUGCUUAAAUGCCAGCUUAGUGGGUCAUGGUGAUAAUAACUGUCAAGUUACAGAACGGUCUAACCUGUAUAAGUCUAGUGGAUCCGAGAAUGAGCAGAGUUCACCUGCUGCUGGUCCUGAAGCUUUUCUUCUUUCUUCUGGAAGUGGUGGGUAUGUUGUGGAUGAUAAUGAUAGCAGACCUGGCUGCUCAUAUGAGGGUCGUCGUGCAUCCUGCAAAAGAAAGGCUCUUGAAGAAAAUGUUGGGCAGUCCUCUUCGAGUGGAAGUUCUAACUACUUUCAUCGUGCAGAAAGUAGUGCCUGGCAUGGAGUUUCUGCUAGCUGUAGUACAGGAAGCAGUGUAAAUGUAUCUGUCCUCUCAAGACAGGUGCAUCCUAGACUUGGAUUAGAUGUAAGAGAAUCAGCUUCUGACAGCAUUCCUGAACCAUUUGUUUUACCAGCUGCAGAGAGCUCACACAGGAAUUUCCGGCUGAGAAUAAAUCCUUCCAGUAUACAAGAACCUAUCGGUCCUCCGAUAUUUUCUACAAGUGAUACGGCCAGGCAGUCUGUUUUGUCUUUGCAGCAGUCAUCAAGACUUCUUCCAACUGAUCAUUCACUAGACUUAAGGUCAGCACCAAUGGUAGAUAAUGCAAGUCCUCAAAAUCCGAAUGUCGUAAAUCAUGUUCCAACUUUGCCACGAAAUGUGCAGACAUUUAGGUGGAAUGGAGGUUCUCGCUCAAGAACCGGCAAUUCAUCAAGUUAUAAUGUAUCUGCGGAUAGAGAUGCUGUACAACAUGAGGGACAUCAAUCAAGAAGCAUGGGUAGAAACCUAUUAGAUCAUCCUAUGUUUGUUUCUGCACCAGAGUUAAGAACUUUGGCUAGAAAUCCAACAAAUCAAGGUUUAAGCAGUGAAAAUAUAAGCACUCCUGGAAAUGUUGCUUCUACAUCUUGUGCUGGCUCAAGUUCUGGUGCCAAUGUGUCAUCUGCUUCCAUGUGGGUUCCUCAUCCCAACCCCUCUACACAAUAUCCACGAAGAUUGUCAGAACUUGUUCGUCAAUCAUUGAUGUCCUCCCUUGGUGCUGAAUCUGGAGGCCAGGGCAAUCAUUCUUCACUUUCUUCAGGACAUCCUACUUCUUCAGAAGGGCUGCUGCUUUCCUCUGGAGUAGCUAAUCUGGGCCGCCAUCAUCCAUACCCUAGGUCAAUGCCAUGGUUGGAGAGACGAGAUGCUGGUUUGCUUGGAAUUCCCCAUGCAUUUCGAACUUUAACUGCUGCCACUGAAGGAAGAAGCAGGCUUUUUGUGUCUGAGAUUCGCAAUGUCUUGGAUCUAAUGCAUAGGGGUGAGAACUUGCGUUUUGAGGAUGUUAUGAUCCUUGAUCAAUCAGUUUUUUUGGGAAUAGCUGAUAUUCCUGAUCGGUAUCGGGAUAUGCGGCUUGAUGUUGAUAACAUGUCAUAUGAGGAGUUAUUGGCUCUGGAAGAACGCAUUGGUAACGUAAGCACAGGGUUGAGUGAAGAAACUAUAUUAAACCAUCUCAAACGACGAAAGCACUCAAGUGCAACAAGAUCUCAGUUAGAGACAGAACCAUGUUGUGUUUGUCGGGAAGAAUAUAACGAUGGAGAAGAUCUUGGGACACUAGAAUGUGGACACAACUUCCAUGCUGAUUGCAUUAAACAAUGGUUGAUGCGCAAAAACUUGUGCCCCAUUUGUAAAGCAAUGGGUCUGACUAAAUGAGACGAUUGUUUCCAGGCAAUAAGUUCUUCCACGGUUCAGAGAAAGGAAGACCGGCAUUGAAAGUUUGUGGCUUGGCUUCUGUAAUUCAUCAAACACCAGAUGCCUUAAGGUGUGCCAUAUGCAACAGUUUUCAUUCCAAGAUAGUCCAUCCAUGGCACUUGUAAUUCAAUUGCCAGAGGCAUUUUUACUUCCAAUUAUGUCAAACAAAGCAAUCUUCCAUGUGGAUGACUCAAAUGUCUGAAGCACCGGGAGCAGAAAGCUAGUUUCUACAUUUUCCAUGGUUGUCAUUGCACUAUUUAGUUUUAUGUAUGAAUCUUCUGCCCAUUGGCGACAUAGAUUAUUGAAUCUCUUUACAUUUCGAUGUGCCUCA